AUGAUCUACGGACUUGUAUUGCUAAGACUUUAUGAUGAAGCUUUAAAAGUUUUCCAUGAUACGAGAAAUGGUGGUGUCAAACCAGAAGCAAUCACUUUUGCAAGUACCAGCAUGUUCACAUCAUCGGCUUUGCAACUUGGUAAAGAAGUGCACCAGUAUACGGUGGACAACAAGCUAGAAAAUGAGGAAGUUGUACCAACUGCCCUUUUUGAUAUGCAUUCCACAACCUAUGGCUCCCAUGGAAAUGCAUUGGAAGCUAUAUACCUCUUCCAGCAAAUGGAGAAGUCCGAGACUAUACCAGAUAGAGUCGCCUUCCUUGCACUUCUUUUUGCAUGCAGUCACGGUGGACUAGUCAAUGAAGGUCGUCAAUAUUUUGAUCAAAUGAGAGUUCGCUAUGGAAUUGAUCCAACUAUUGAUCAUUAUUCUUGUGCAACCCAUCUGCUUGGGCGUUCGGGGAGAGUCCAUGGUGCUUGUGACAUCUUGAUACAAAUGCCCAUUAAAGCAGAUGUUGGGUUGCUUGGAGCUCUGUUUUCUGCUUGUAGUCAGCAUGGAAAAGUAGAGCUGGAUGAGGAGGUGGUGGAGCUUCUGCUUUAG